AUGUCUGAUGGUGUACCAAUACCAGGUUAUUUUAAAACAGAUUCCUUCGGUGAAUUGAACAUGUGGAUGGACUCAAACGAAAAGGCUCCACUACUGAACGUUCAUUGUGUUCAAGCUAUUCCAGCAGCCAAUCAAACAAUAACACCACCUAGUUUUCUCUUGUCUGGUUAUGGUACCAGUAGUAAAUAUACAUCAUUAGAUAUCCUUCAACGAUGGCUAUUCAUUCACAGGAAAUCACUUGAACAGAACGUACGAAUCAUCGGAUUUUCCACUGAUGCUGAUAAUAAAUAUAUGCGAGCGAUGCGUUUAAUGUCUGGAUUCUAUGCAAGCAUGCCGCAUUUCAGCCCACAAGCUGAUUCUUCAGCAUUUUCGACGCAGAUUGGCAACUGGUCUUGGUUUUACCUAAGACCUGAGCAACUUUUUUUGUUUAUCCAAGAUGCGACACAUUUGGUAACAAAGUUACGUAAUCGUAUGCUGUCGAGAACAGCUGAUUUGCGAAUUGGGGACGCGAACAUAACAAUUGAACACUUGCAACAGAUAAUUGAUGAUUCAAAAACUACAAAAUUAGAUCACAGAUUGACGCAAACUGAUAUUAAACCAUCCGAUAGACAAAAUUUUCGAUCAUGUUUAAGAAUUACAUCUUCUGACGUGCUAUAUCUUCUAGCUUGUCAACCUGGUGCUGAUGGAACUCGUAUGUAUCUGCAACUAAUUAAACUUAUUAUCACUUCGUACAUUGAACCAGAAACCUCCAUUGAAGAACGCGUUAAAGGCGCUUGGACUGCCGUUUUUCUUCUUCGCCUGUGGUGGGUGUGGUUACUACUGGUGCGCUUGUUAUCUUUAUCUUCGUCCAAACUGAAUGCACAUUUCCUUACCUAUCUCGUUCUUCUUGUCCAACAACAACAAUUGCCAUUGGAAUCAUUAAAUAUACACUUAUUUUCGUCUCAAACAUGCGAAUCUGUUUUUCGCAGUACUCGUUCAAUGAGCGGAGUUUUCUCAACAGUUGUGAAUUGCACCGUUGAUAAUUUUCUGAAACGAUCAAACAAACUUUCCAUUUUGAAUACAAUUAAAUCUAACAACAAAUCAACAUCUGUACUGAAGUUCCCAAUCCAUCAUAAACAUUCACACGAUAACAAAACAAUCAACAAUCGAACUUUGAUUGAUGUCAGUAAUUUGAAUGUAGAACGUGUAGUUCAACAAGCUUAUCAGUCAGCUUCGUCCAUUACCGAGAGUCUCAAUAUUUCAUAUUUGUUGAAAAAACACAAUGUUUUUCAUAUGGAUGCACUAAGUGAAUAUUUAAACGAACAUCUCAAAUUCAAGUCAAGGUUACAUGACAAUAUACAAAUUCUUGAAAGUCAGAACAAUGAAUCAGACUCAGAAUUUGAUCUCGAUAGUGAUGGAGACGACGAAGGAAGCUCUACGUAA